UCCUCCGGCCACCACUGGGCCGCGGGCGGGACGCCCUGGGCGGCGCGCGCAGGAGGAAGCGCGGCCGGCAGCGGCCCAGGAACUUCCCAGACGCCGAGUCGGGAGCGCGGGCCGCGGGGUCCGCUCGCGCCCCUGUUCCGCAGGUGUGCGGGGCUUGCGCCCAGCCCCGGCCGCGGCCGCCGCGCGUUUCCUCCCCGCUUGCCCCGCCCGGAGGCCCCGGGCCACGCUCCUCGCCGGGCUCCGACCCCGCCGCGCCCCCUCCACGCCCCUAGCGCGCUGCAGCCGCAGCCAGCGCGUGUCUUGAGUCCGCCGCUCCGGCCCGGGGCUGCCGGGGAAGUUGGGGCGAGGCGGGCCGGGGAUGCGCCAUGGCCAUGGCCCGGCUGGGCUCGUGGCUCGGGGAGGCGCAGUGGCUCGCGCUGGUGUCGCUCUUCGUCGCGGCCCUGGCCACGGUAGGCCUGUACCUGGCGCAGUGGGCGCUGGCCAGGGCGCGACCCCAGCCCCAGCGGCGGACAGUGGAGCCUGGAGAGGGGCCGCGCCCGGGGUCCGACGCGCUGCUCUCCUGGAUCCUGACUCUGGGCAGCUGGAGGAGCCAGUGGCAGGCGGCCUGGGUGACCGCCCUGAACGAGGAGGCCGAAAGGAAAGGGGGCCCGCCUUUCCUGUCCUUUGAGGAGGACCCGCGGCAGCAGGCACUGGAGCUGGUGGUGCAGGAGGUCUCCAGCGUGCUCAGGUCGGCCGAGGAGAAGGUGGUGGUCUGUCACGUGGUGGGCCAGGCUAUUCAGUUCUUGGUCAGCGAGAUGCCUGCCUCGGCUGCUGAAUGCCGGCUAUACGACGUGCAGCUCUCCCCAUUCCAUUUACAGCUGGAGUUCCACAUGAAGGAGAAGAGAGAGGACCUCCAGAUUAGCUGGUCUUUCAUCAGUGUGCCGGAAAUGGCUGUUAAUAUCCAGCCCAAAGCACUGGGGGAGGACCAGGUGGCUGAGACAAGUGCGAUGUCUGACACUCUCAAGGACAUCUUGAAGCAUUUGGUUGGUUCUGCCUCUCCGUCAGUGGUUCUGAUCACCAAGCCCACGACUGUAAAGGAAGCUCAGAACUUACAGUGUGCUCCAUCUACUGCUCAGGAAUCCUGUCCUCCUAAACCUCCAAGGGCUCACGAGCUAAAGCUACUGGUGAGGAACAUCGGCGCCUUGCUGCUCAGCGAGCCCGGUGCCUCAGGCCACAUUAACGCAGUGUGCGUCGUGCAGCUGAACGAUCCUGUUCAGAGGUUCUCCAGCACCCUCACGAAAAACACUCCGGACCUCACGUGGAAAGAGGAAUUCACUUUCGAGUUGAAUGCCAAGUCGAAGGAGUUACACCUGCAGAUUUCAGAGGCUGGGCAAUCCUCAGAAGGUCUGCUGGCGACGGCGACAGUUCCUUUGGAUUUAUUUAAGAAGCAGCCUUCUGGGCCACAGAGCUUCACGCUGACCAGCGGGUCUGCCUGCGGCAGCUCGGUGCUGGGCUCGGUCACAGCAGAGUUCUCUUACAUAGAACCCGGUGAAUUGAAAUCCUGGCCCAUCCCUCCCCCUGUUCCUGCUGCAAAAAUAGAAAAGGACCGCACGGUGAUGCCCUGUGGGACUGUGGUCACUACUGUCACUGCUGUGAAGACCAAGCCUCGCGUUGACGUGGGGAGGGCGUCCCCGCUGAGCUCUGAUUCUCCGGUGAAGACCCCCAUCAAGGUGAAGGUGAUCGAGAAGGACAUCUCUGUCCAGGCCAUCGCCUGCCGCGGCGCCCCCGUCAGCAAAACACUCUCUUCUUCAGACACAGAAUUGUUGGUGUUGAAUGGUUCGGAUCCAGUGGCUGAAGUUGCCAUUCGACAGCUCAGUGAAUCUUCGAAGCUGAAACUCAAGUCGCCACGGAAGAAAAGCACUAUUAUCAUAUCAGGGAUCUCCAAGACCUCACUAUCUCAGGACCACGACGCUGCCCUGAUGCAGGGCUACAUGGCCUCUGUGGACAGCACCCACCAGGAGGACGCCCCAUCCCAUCUGGAGAGGACGGCAGCCUCUGCCCCGCCAGAGGAAGCCGAGUCAGCCCAGGCAUCCCUUGCCCCCAAGCCCCAGGAGGACGAGCUAGACUCCUGGGACUUGGAGAAGGAGCCACAGCCUGCAGCAUGGAGCAGCCAGGUCCUGCUGGACCCCGACGGUGAUGAGCUGUCAGAGAGCUCCGUGAGUGUCUCGGAGCCGGACGCUGCCAAAAAGCAUAAAGGAGGAAUUCUAAGGAAAGGCGCAAAGCUGUUCUUCCGCCGGCGGCAUCAACAGAAAGACCCGGGCAUGAGUCAGUCACACAAUGACCUUGUGUUCCUCGAGCACCCAGAGGGUUCCCGGAGGAAAGGCAUCACCCUCACCAGGAUCCUGAACAAGAAGCUGCUCUCCAGGCACAGAAACAAGAACACCAUGAACGAUGCCCCCGUGGAGCCCUGCACGUAGGGCCUGAGGUCAUCACCUCCAAGCCAGAAGACGUGCACCCGCGUUAACUACCCUCACCAGGACGCAGCCAGUGUGUCCGCCAGAUGUCCAGAUGCCCAGCUUGUCUUGCUGGGUUUCUUCCAACCAUCUCGUCAUUUAAAGGGAAAACAAAAUCUGAGUCUGCGGCCAGGAGGCUUCCCCCAGAGAGGACGAAAAAGCCUAACUUGCCACCAGAUGCCAAAUGAGACUCGACAGCCGCAAAGCUUGGGCUGUGCUCAAAGCUAAGGGUUAGGGUUCAAUAUUAGAAGGAGAUUAACAUUAUAAGUGAAAUAAUAUACUCUAAUAGAUUGUGGAGGGCAGGUUUGAGGGACUCAGUUUACCUAUUCUACACUAACGUGUUGUUUUGGGUCCAUGCCUGGACCAUGUCACAAAAAGGAGGUGCCCCCCUGUGCUGUCACUGUGAAUGGAAAGGUUGGGUCACCUCUCUUCAUCUGCUGCUUGGAAUAAAAAAUGCAGCUGGCCCUGAGUACAGGGAAGUGGAACGUAGGCAGGAUUUUGGAUGAAUAGAGAAAUUUUGAUAGGAAUGGAAACGCUACGACAGAUGUGGGAAGUCAUCUACCUUUGAUAUUAGCCAUAGAACUUGAACACUAACUAUAUCCUAUGCAUAGUAUGCAGAACACUUUUCUAAGUUUACUUUGAGGCUACUUGCAAGUGGAAGAGAUAUAUAUUCUCACAUGGUUUUUACAUUUUUCUCUAUCACGUUAAAAGCUCUAAUAAUGUUAGUGGAGCAGUUGACAUCCAGGUUUUUGUUUUUCCUGCCUGUCAUAGUUGCUAAACAAGAGCACAGCAGGCCUGUCAGAUGAAGUCAGGAGCCAUACGUGACCGCUCGUAGUACACGGUAACCAAACACAUACAUGGAUUUUGCCAAAUGCUGCCAGUAGCCAAAACAAAGUCCUUUUAGGGCAACAGAGGAAAUUAUUUUGUGUCUCAGGUGUCAGUCUUAGGAAUGGAAGCUUAAUAACAAAUGGGCCAAACUUGCAGGACAUUCCUUCUAUGAGCGCUUCAGAAUUUUGCUGUGAACAGUCCUCUUGGACACAGGUUGGGGUGCCCUUGUUUGGUGGAAAACGUGAUAAACCUAGCACACCAUUUGAAUAUCCCUAUGUAUCAUUCCAGUCGCUUUCCUCAUCAGUUGCCUUUCUAUUUCAGUUCAUUCACAGAUUUCACUUCUGAAUGUGCCACUUCCAGGAGACAUGCUGGUCAAAGAGCAGUCAUCAUUGGGGUGAAGUGUUUUUGACAGUUUAAUAUGAUUCACUUUUCUCCAAAGACAUGUAAAAGGCUGUUAUGAAAGCUUGGCUUCUGUCAUGGAGAUGGAAAUGGGCAAGCUUCCUUCCGUAGGCUCUUUUGUUAAUCCUUAAACAUUCACUAUUUCAGGGGUAAUAGAGCCACUGGUGAGUAAAAACCUAUAUAAAAACCAAAAUUAUAGGAUUUUUUCUUUUUUUAGUAAAAAUCUAUAUAAAAACCAAAAUUAUAGGAUUUUUUUCUUUUUUAGUAAGAACCUGUAUAAAAACCAAAAUUAUAGGAUUUUUUUCUUUUUUAGUAAAAACCUGUAUAAAAACCAAAAUUAUAGGAUUUUUUUCUUCUUUUUUAGAGGGAGAGAUCAGAAAACGGCAUUACGAAUUUCACUUUAAAAUGCGCAUUACCAACUUCUUAAGUGUUCCAGGAAUUAUCAAGUGACUUUAAAAUGACUUUUCCAACCUGCUUUGUUUUUAAAAAUUAUAUUCCAGUUUUAAUCAUUGUAAAAAAGCACCUGGAGUUUCAAAAUGCGUGAAUACUACCAAGUUUCUGUCCCCAAAGUCAGGCAUCACUGCUAGUCUUCUGGGACAGAUGGGACAGAUAUUCACUUUAAUGUUUUACUUGAAGUUUUACUUGGCCAUGUGGUAAAAAGAGCCUGAGACAUAUUUAAGAAUUCCAAGAGGAUAUUAUGUGUCAGAAUUUCAGACACUGAUGAGAAGUUUUUAAUCUUUUUUAUUUGAUUUUAGAAUUCAGGUGCACUCUAUUCAAGUGCAAGGAUAUCAGAAGUGUUUUUUUUAUUUAAAAAAAUUUUUUUUCGAGACGGAGUUUCACUCUGUAGCCCAGGCUGGAGUGCAAUGGCAGCUUACUGCAACCUCCACCUCCUGGGUUCAAGCGAUUCUCCUGCCUCAGCCUCCCAAGUAGCUGGGAUUACAGGCACGUGCCACCACACCUGGCUAAUUUAUUUGUAUUUGGUAGAGAUGGAAUUUCACCAUGUUGGUCAGGCUUGUCUCGAACUCCUGACCUCAGGGGAUCCACCCACCUCGGCCUCCCAACGUGCUGGGAUUACAGGCAUGAGCCACCAGGCCGGCCCCAGAAUUUUAUAUUAAGCCUUCUUGCUCUCAAAAAAAAAAAAAAAAACAGUUUUUAACUAUUCCAUUUCCAGAUGAAUCCCAUGAGCACUGCUUACUGUUGAAUACUGAGGUCUAAGGCUCUGCUUCCUGUGGACACGCUCACGUUGUCUCCAUCCAAUGGCCUUUUCUGAAGUUACAGAAAACACCGAUGUGGGAGGGAGUUUAUGAAGCAAAGGCAAAGGAAACACGUAGGCUAGCUUCAGGGUAGCACCGUGAGAAAUGAGCUGUACUGAUACUGUGAAUGUUUCUUUUCCAAGCUGUUUUAUACAGGUUUGUUUUUUCAUGGUGUAGGGUAUUUAUGACAAAGUAAAUGUUGUGAAGGUUAAAGAUAAAUUAAGAUUAUCCACCAAAUGCUAAACAUACUGAUGUGUAAAUCACCUUUAUCGCCUCACCUCUUCUACAGGCUUUUGCGGCUUGAGGGCUUUUGUGUUUGGCUUUUGUCUGGAUGAAAGUUUUGCCCAGUGGUGUUUUAAAAGCGAUUCCUCAUGAACACUAAGAUUAAUUGUGUCUGUGUCUCUGGAACUGGGUGCUCAUGUUGGUUUUAAUGAGCUUGCAACCCUUCCCCGUUUGCUUUGUUUAAGGAGGUGCCUCUGUUCUUUGUGGAGGAGUGAAAUGGAGCUUUAAGUGUGUGUGUGUGGUAUGUGUGUUUGCACACACGUGUGUGUUAUUGUAGCAAUAACAAAAGUGGCCAUCUCCUUGUUCCAGCUGAAAACCUGCUGUGAGAGUUUUGACAGAGCACUUUAUUUUAGUCAAGUUUCAAGUCUGAGUUCAAAACCAGCCCUGAUCCCUUAUGACCGACUGCAACUCGACCAGUCGCCACUCAGUGGCCACUUGGUGCCCAUUUAGAUUUUUGCUUGGGUUUUACUGGCCACCUCUAUAGACGAGAGUUGCAAAGUUGCUUUGAGCAGAGAGGGAAAGAUUAAUUUACACUGCUGGCCGCCGAAGACAGGUGUUUCCUGGGUAAUAGUCUCACGGCUCUUGAUCUGCAAACUUCAGAGUACAAAUUGGUGGAUGGUGGAAGUCAGGACAUGUAUCUCUGUCCGAUGGAAAACAGACCUCGGGGCUGGCAUAAACCCUGCUGCCAGGCCCUCUCCCCACUGCCCCAAACCGGCCUAGACACGAAGACCAAAGCAGCCUGCACAGGGCAAGGCCCCCGCGGAAUCCUGCAGAGCAAACUCAGGUUACCUUGGGUCCAUGACCGUUUGCAUUCGAAACACAAUACACUGCCCCGUUCUCUCAGCAGCUGGGCAGUAGUGCACCAUUCAUCAUUUAGGCUUGUGGUUUGUUGUUUACUCUACCAAUGUUAUGUUGAAACUGCAUUGUAAAAAGAGAAGAAAAUGGCAGGUUUUCCAGGUCCACGGAAAGGUUUGGCCUGACGCUGGAGUGCGGUGAUGAACUUACGUGACAAUGAUUGUAUUCCUCAGUAGCACUUUAAACACCGAAGACAGCCCUGCGCCGAGCCUGCACACGGGAUUGGGUGGGUUCCUUUGGAGAAGAUGUGGCUGGAACACAAACAAUCUUUGAAAGAAAUAAAUGUGCACACAGAACACUA